ACAGGCACCACCCUGCCCGCUCCUGCACGGGGCAGGGCUGGGGACGCGCGUCCCGGCUCCCCCGGGCAGGCGGAAGGUGGCCCGCGUUUGGCACCUGGAGGAAGGAGCCGCCCAGUGCCAGGCAGCGGCAGGAGUAUCGGCAGCGGGCGCUGGCUGCUUCCCCGGGCUUCCUUCCCGCCUCGGGCUGCGCGCCUCAGACCCACCCUGCCUCAGCCAGGGGCUGUCAGCCGGGCUCCGCGCUCCUUCCUUUGUGUGCGCGAGGGGGGCUGAGGAGGAGGGGGCGGGGGGCUGAGCCCGGCUGUCAGCGCUGCCCGGCAGGAGGCGGAGGCGCGGGCCGGGAGGACGGAGCUUGCGGAGGCGGCUCUGGGCACGGCCACAAGGGAACCCCCCGCGCCCCAGGCGGAGAGGAGGCAACUGGAAGCGCCGCGGGGCCUUUUCCCUGCCCCGCUGCCGAGCGGCGACCGCCAGCUGCACGCAGCAGCAGAGCCCUGCGACGCCUGAGCGGCGCGCAGCCAAGCCACCGGCCGCAGCUCGCUCGCUGGCUGAACAGGAAGCGCAGCCCCGGCGGCGGCGGCUGCUGCUGCUUCGCACCGUGCGGCUCCCGCACUUGGCAAUGGGCUGGGGGCAGCGGCGGCAGCCGGCCAGCAGCAGGAGCCGAAGCCGGAGUCGCAGCGGGGCUAGGAGCUAAGGAGGCAGGAUGGCAGCGUCCAGUAACUCCAGUUUGUCCGGCUCCUCGGUUUCCUCCGAUGCUGAAGAAUACCAGCCUCCAAUAUGGAAAUCCUACUUGUAUCAGUUACAACAGGAGGCACCGCGUCCCAAGAGAAUCAUUUGUCCUCAGGAGGUGGAGAACCGACCAAAAUAUUAUGGAAGAGAGUUUCAUGGAAUUAUUUCUCGGGAGCAAGCAGAUGAAAUACUUGCAGGUGUAGAAGGAGCAUAUAUUCUUAGAGAGAGCCAGCGGCAACCUGGAUGCUACACUCUAGCUCUCAGGUUUGGUAAUCAAACCUUAAACUACAGGCUUUUCUAUGAUGGGAAGCACUUUGUGGGGGAGAAAAGGUUUGAAUCUAUCCAUGAUUUGGUAACAGAUGGCUUGAUAACACUGUAUAUAGAAACCAAGGCUUCUGAGUAUAUUGCCAAAAUGACCAAAAACCCCAUCUAUGAGCACAUUGGAUAUGCUACUCUGCUUAGAGAAAAAGUAUCCCGAAGGCUGAGCAGAACCAAAACUGAAUCAAGAAAAGCUAGUGUAACAAGUGAAGAAAAUACACCGGUUGAAAAGAUUACCUCUUUGGUCAGAAGAGCAGCUUUAACUCAAAACGACAACCAUUUCAACUAUGAAAAAGCACACAAUUUUAAGGUCUACACAUUCCGAGGUCCACACUGGUGUGAAUACUGUGCCAAUUUCAUGUGGGGGCUCAUCGCUCAGGGAGUCAGGUGUUCAGACUGUGGGUUGAACGUACACAAACAGUGUUCCAAAUAUGUGCCCAAUGACUGUCAACCAGACCUCAAGAGGAUCAAGAGAGUCUACUGCUGUGACCUCACUACACUAGUGAAGGCCCACAACACACAGAGACCCAUGGUUGUGGAUAUAUGCAUUCGAGAAAUAGAAGCAAGAGGUUUAAAGUCAGAGGGCCUUUACAGAGUCUCGGGGUUCACUGAACACAUUGAAGAUGUCAAAAUGGCUUUUGAUCGAGAUGGUGACAAGGCUGAUAUCUCUGCAAAUUUAUAUCCAGACAUAAACAUUAUUGCUGGAGCACUGAAGCUAUAUUUCAGAGACUUGCCGAUUCCUGUAAUCACCUAUGAGACCUACUCCAAGUUUAUGGAGGCAGCAAAAAUCUCCAAUCCUGAUGAACGAUUAGAAGCUGUCCAUGAAGUAUUGAUGCUACUUCCUGCUGCGCACUAUGAGACACUUAGAUAUCUAAUGAUUCAUCUCAAAAAGGUUACCUUGAAUGAAAAGGAGAAUUUUAUGAAUUCUGAAAACCUGGGAAUAGUGUUUGGACCUACUUUAAUGAGACCUCCAGAGGACAGUACUCUUACUACCCUGAAUGACAUGCGGUACCAGAAGCUUAUUGUGCAAAUUUUAAUAGAAAAUGAAGAUGUUUUGUUCUAAACAAUGAAGAAGUAACUUCAUAGCCACCUGCUUUGAAAUUAUUAGUUUAAAGGAAAAUCAACAUUUCUUUAUAGUUUAAAAAAAAAAAGAAGAAGAAGAGAAAGUUCCUGGGCUGCACUUCACUUUCUGCGAUAUUGCAGAUGAAUGCCAAAAUGUUUAAUAAAGCCUAUGUCUUAUAGACAUAUGCCUCUUUUUUAGGGAAAAAAAAAGUCAGAAAAAAUCCUUUACCUUGUAUCUUUUGCCUUGCCUCAUAUGUAUAUUUGUUUUGAGAAGCUGCAAACACUUUUACUAACUUAAGGAACACAAAACAUAUUUUAAUAUGGCUAAAGAAGCAAAAAGGUACUUAAUCAGUGUUACUUGUAUACAGCUAUACAUUUCCCCACUCUGUAAGACAUAAUUGUGUGUGUCAAUUGUGAAACAGAACCUAUAUUAUCAAGAUAUUUUACUUUAAUUAGCUGCUAGAAUGGCAUUUUAUUUUAGCAAACAAUAAUUCAAUGUGAUGCAUUUUUUCCAUAUAUCCUCUCCUGCAUUUUUGUUAUGAUAUACUGAAAUCAUUUACCACUAGUGCAGUAUUAUCCUGACAUACCUCUUUUAUUGCAAAUGUUUUAAAAGAAAGAGACUUCUUUUUUUAAAAUGUGUAUUCUAACUUUCUUUAGGUUUUUGUUUAUAUUUUAGGCAUUCUAAGAUUGUAUAGUACAUUUUUAGUCAUUUGGUAUUUUCUAACAAGUAUAGUCUUAUUUUAUUUUUUCCCAUCCAAAAUGUGGUGUUGAAGGUUUUCAAAAGUCUGGUGGUAGUAUCAGUUUCACAUGCCAGAUGUUUCUUGGAGUACAGUAAUGUGUAAGUUAAGUGAUGCUGGGACACUGGAUAUUUUCUGGCCCUGUUGAAAAGUUAGCACUUUUGUUUUACUUAAUUAUGAUUUUUUUUGUAAAAGGCAAUUUGUCAUGUUUCUGUAUUUAUAAAUGUACAGUAAAUCUGCUGAAAAUGUGAGUAUUUCUCUUGAAUGUGUUUUCUGAUGGUUUGUUUUUAAAAACAAGAAUGUGUAAGAAGUAUGGGAGUUGGUACAUUUAAAUUUAUUACCAAAUUUUUUAUUUUCCUCCUCUCACAAAUAUUGACCUACACGGUUCGUAAUCUAACUGAAACAUAUUUCUAAUGUUAAAAUAUUUCUCAGCAUGAGAUUUUUCUAAAAACAUAGAUAGGCAGCAUACUUUACUACCAAACUGAAUUUUCUGUAUGAAAAGCUAUAAACUCUCUUUGUGAUUGUAUGGAUCACAUGCUUGGUAACUCUGUGAUAGUUUUCUGAAUUAUUUCAGGGGCAUAGCUUUCUAUUCAAAUUGAAAAAUGAGUGUAAUUAUGAUAAUUAAGGGGGGAAGGAAUACUGUAAAUUUGUUGUUCUUUAGAGACAUUUUCAAGGCCUAGGUAGAUUAACCCAGAUUGCACAGCAGAUGCUAAAUAGUUCUGAUUUGCUGAUACUACUAUAGAUUCGCCUAAAUUGUACAGGUUUAUUUGUUGUAGGUUCUGUACUAAAUAUUGUCAUAAAAAUGAUCUGGAAAUGGCUUUAUUUUGUGAAGUAAAAUAUGCUUUGUAAUUUAUGAUAGUGUAAAUGGAAGGAAAAUCCCAUUAAAUGUGUUAAGAGUU